AUUUGUCACUAGGCGCUUUUCCCGUUCCCUCUUUGCCAAGGCUCUAAAGCAAAUCCAUAUUUUUCCGGCGAGAAAUUUGGCACUGUCUCUCCAAGUGCAGAAAGAUCAAUGGGGGGAGUUAGGUUAUCGCUUCUCAAGUCAAUGUACAGAUCUUCAACAAGAACCUCCUCCUCCUCGUUGUCUUCUUGUAAAACUCUCUCAAGCAGACCUUUCUCGAGACUAGCUGAAUAUGCUGCUAAUGAUGUGAGACCAGUAAAGCCAUCCCCUUUCAGUCAUGCUAGGGCCAUUGGUUCCGGAUACCCUCUUUAUGGGUCUUCUUACUCCACCCCUUUAUUUGCACGAGCUUUCAGCUCUGGCACUGGUGAUGGCGAUUGGGUUCACAAGGCCAAGGAUGUGUUGCAUUCUGGUGUUACUAAGGCUAAAGAAGUCUCUGACGAGCUCACUCCUCAUUUUCAACAAUUAAUUGACUCCAACCCUUAUCUUAAAGAUGUCAUGGUCCCUGUCUCUCUCACCAUGACUGGUACUUUGUUCGCUUGGGUUGUCAUGCCUACCGUUUUCAGGAGGUUUCACAGAUAUUCUAUCCACAGCUCUUCUGCUUUGCUUCCACAAGGCUUCUCUAUUGAUGAUCUUCCCUACGAGAAAAGCUUUUGGGGUGCUUUGGAGGAUCCUGCUCGCUACUUAAUCACCUUCACUGCUUUUGCACAAAUUGCGUCAAUGGUGGCCCCAACAACAGUAGCAGCUCAGUAUUUUUUCCCGGCAUUGAAGGGGGCAGUCAUCCUCUCUUUGGUCUGGUUCCUACAUCGCUGGAAAACCAACGUGAUUUCUAGAGUCUUGUCUGCUAAGAGUGUUGCUGGGCUUGACAGGGAGAAGAUAUUGACUUUGGACAAAGUAUCAUCUGUUGGUCUCUUUGCAAUCGGUUUAAUGGCUUCUGCUGAAGCUUGUGGGGUAGCUGUUCAGUCUAUCUUGACUGUUGGUGGAGUUGGAGGAGUGGCCACUGCUUUUGCUGCAAGAGAUAUCCUUGGGAAUGUGCUAAGUGGUCUGUCCAUGCAAUUCUCAAGGCCUUUCUCCAUGGGAGAUACGAUUAAAGCUGGAUCAGUAGAAGGCCAAGUGGUUGAGAUGGGGCUUACAACAACAUCCUUGUUGAACGCCGAAAAAUUUCCAGUCUUGGUACCUAAUUCCUUGUUUUCCAGUCAGGUGAUUGUGAACAAGUCACGAGCUCAGUGGCGUGCGAUAGCAUCCAAGAUCCCACUGCAGAUAGAUGACUUGGAUAAGAUCCCUGAAAUAUCAGAAGAGAUAAAGGAAACGUUGAGGUCAAACCCAAAAGUAUUCUUAGGGAAAGAAGCUCCUCAUUGUUACUUAUCCCGAGUGGAAAAAUCAUUUGCUGAACUCUCCAUUGGAUGCAAUCUUAAAUACAUGGGGAAAGAGGAGCUUUAUGCAACACAACAAGAAGUUCUUCUUGAGUCGGUCAAGAUUAUAAAGAAGCAUGGUGCGUCAUUGGGUACCACCUGGGACAAUUCUACAACAGCUUGAGUGAUCAUCUGGUAAAGACGAAAGGAAAAAUGCUGAUCAAACAUGGGUUCUUUUGGAUCAUUACAGGAAAAAUACGUAUUUGCCUUUUUGACUGUAGAGAGGGUUACAAAAAUAUUUGUGUAAAGGAAAAAAAACCCAAAGCAACCUGUUUUCGAGCUGAGGAUUUGUUUUUGUUUUUAAAUCACAAUCUUUUUAAGCCACACCGACACGUAUGAGAAAUUUGGAAGCUUUGUUUUUUUAAAGAAAAAGUCUUUUGUGUGUAUACGUUUACAAAGCAGAUGAUCCUUUCUUACAGAGAU